CACACCAGGCCAGUAUUGUUUUCUGGUUUUUCUAACCUUGCUUUUAUAGAUGGAGAAACUGAGGGAGAGGAGCAAAAGUCACUUGAUAGAAAUGACUUAGUAAGAAAGGCACAAAUGUGACUUUGAGUCAGACCAGUCCUACCUGGUGCUCUUACAUCAGGAGAAUCCAGAAUCCUCAUGGAGAAGUUGGGAAAUGAAGUGGGCACGCGCGCGCGCGCGUGCGCACGCACACACACACACACACACACACACACACACACACACACACACACGUAAAUAUGCAUUCUUGCACAGAAUGUGCCUAGCUUCGUUCCUCACAUGUGUUGAUUCUGGUCUGCUCUUGUUUCUCACACUUCCUGCUCCCAUUCUCUUCUUGCCAAGGGUGGUUCCAUCUUUCAGUGUCCAGCCGCUCGCUGAUCUGGUCCCCCCAAGCCGUGGCUUGAAGAAAGCUCCCUUGGACCAUUCCUUCCUGCUGGAGUCUCUGUGAACGUGGUUCUGUUUCUCCUGGGUGCAUUUCUUGUUGGAGUGGGUUGAGAGGUGCGUGGUAAAUGUGGAGGAGCCAUUGGGCUGUUGGACGAAGCACUGUCUCACUUUGUUCCCACCAGCGGGGUGUGGGCUUGUCGCUGUAGCUCUGUUUCUGCGCCUGCACUUGAGACUGUCGGGUCGGCUCCAUUGGCCACCCGAGUGAGUUCUGUCGUGUUUUCGAUGACACUUCAACAUUGGCUGCAUUUUGAUUCCCUGUCUGGCCAGCUGGCGGAAAGCUUGGAUGGGUGAGACAGUCACGCACCUGCCAGCACUGGCUCUGUCGUUUCUUUGUAGUCCCAGGCGAUGACUUAAGUUUUCCUUGUCUCACAACGUAGACCAGGGCCGUGGUGUGUUGUUGAGUAGCGGCUUCCAGGGUUACCAAGCGGUGUCUGUUCUGAACAUUUCUAGUUAACAGAGGAGGAAACUGAGGCACAGAGAGUCCAGGUGAUUUCUCCCACAGGAGGAUAAUUGGCAGUCAGAACUACAGCUUGCACACUUUCUCCUCUGUGUCAGAAAGUUCUGACUCCGGGUGUUACAAGGAUGUGUUUGCUGAGCUGAGCUGAGCUGAGCUGAGCUGAGCUGAGCUGAGUGGAGGGUUGUGCCAAGAAUUGAUGGCCAGGCAGGGCCAGAACUCAGCCUUCCCUCCGGGGUUUCCUUUGCUUCAGAGCCAAGGGUGUGGAGGAGAGCCCAGGCCUCCGGGUGAAGCCCUGUCCUCUGGCACCCAGUACUGUGAAGUGAGUGUCAAGCCGUGGUCUGCCAAGGGGCUGCCCUCAUCGAGCCUGUUAUCUUGAGCAAAAUCACAGAAGAGUUCUGGGGAGCUGUUGUGGGGCAAGGUAGGGGCCAGCUACUCAGAAGUCCAGGAAAGGGGGUGGCGACGGCAGAGGAGGGCCUCCCCACCCUUUACAACACCCCCCUUCCUUGCCUGAGGGGGUGUCAGCUAAGACGACUUUUCAGGGGAAGAAGGCCCAUAAAUCAAAUAAGCAAUCCCGUAAAUAAAUAAGUAAUGAAGUUAGUGGGGUGCCUAAUUACAUCAGAGUCGUAAUUACGGAUGGAUGCCUGCCCGAUAAUUGUACUUGUUUUUAUUCUUUGGCUCCGACUUGUGUCUCCUCCAGGCAGAGGAGGCGCUGUUUCGGGGCCUUUGUGGGCCUAGUGGUUGGGUAUGUGGGUGCCACUGCCGUCCAUCUGCACAGGGUUGUGUGCUGGGUUGGACUUGGCUUUGUCCCAUGGUCGGCUCUGUAAGCCGACUCCAGUUCUGAAGUCACCAGGAGUGGAGACAAUGACAGGGAUGAUAGUAGCAACAGGGUUUUUAAUAGCACCCACAGUGCAGUUAAUGAUAGCUUAUUUAACCUCCAAACCCUCUGAGUACUAUCAUCAUCCCCUCUUUAUGCAUGAGACACAGGCACAGAGAGGUUUAGUACCUCCCCCGAAGUCACGCAGCUCGUAAGCCUGGGUCCUUCCCGCCUCAUCCUUUUAGGUUAUCCUGUGUGGGGCAUCCUAGGUACGUUCCCUGCAUUGAGCGGCAGUGGGAGCAAUUCCUGUCUUGAUUCCACAGUGAAGUUAUUCUGAGCUGUGGAUGACCUUGCAUCCCACUAAGGACAAAGCUAGGUAGCUUCGGGUCUCCUCCCUCUGAUAGGCAUCAUCGUGCCCAUUCUACAGUGACAGGAGGCCAGGGGCAGGGGAGUAAGUCCAGAGUGGGCCCCCACACUGCUGGCGAGGGCCAACAACUCCCUGGUGUAAGAGCAAAGCUGGAGGUGGGGUGGAGCUGGAGCCCGUGAUGGUGACAGGACAGGGUGGGGAAUGACAUGACCGUGCCCCGGGUCGGUUGGAGGUGACUCAGCCAUGUGGCGUUGGGGUGCCUUUCACACGGGGGAACAGAAUCUGGGUCUGUCAUGGGCUUUACCCUGACUUCAGGAAUUCACUUGCAUUUGAGCAUGUGAAAGGCCAGAGCGUGGGACAGGUCGGCACUGUGAAUGCCCUGAAGGACUAUUGGACUCCCAAGUGUCAGAGAGGCUGAUGAGGCCCAAAAGGUGUGGAUGAGGCAUGAACCCUAGGUUAGGGCCACCUAGGGCUCCUGAGGUCAGGGGCCGGUGCACGGAGGUCACACUAGGCACCAGAGGGAAGUAACUGAUGGGUGCUCAGAGUGGAAAGUCCCGAAGAGGACAUGUUGAGGCACAGCUGAACCAGCUGGGUCCAGGAGUACAGACACCGCCUUGGGGGAGCUGCCACUGGCAUAGCUCUCUUUCCUUCUGUGGUGCUCGCCCUUACCAACAGCUCACUCCUGCCACCCCAGGGGAAGGAGAGGCACCCAGGGCCCAGGAGGGUGUGACUUCCUUACCUGUCUUCUCCCCAGUGAAUUCUUUAACACCUUUCUUCCCCUGCAGGGAGAGGUGGCUAAGGGUGGUAGUCGAGGUGUGUUUAGGGUGUCCCAGACUCAGGAAGCCAGGCAGUGAGCUUAGGCCCGGGGUUGGGGUUGAGCACACUGCCAGACGCUCCGAGCAAAGGUAGCUGGACAGCAGCAUUUACGUGAUGUGUCUGAAGUCAGAAAACUGCAGCCAUGUGGGCCAGAGCCUUCUUGUUGGGGUAAGCUGUCUCCUCUUCUUCCUCUUCCUCCUCCUCCUCCUUUUUUAAAAAAAAAAUAUGACCUGUGACUUUUAUCUCAGAGUAUCUUUUUUUCUCCCCUUGUGAUCUGGGCAAAUGUCUCAUGGAAUGUUCCAGAAAGUUCCAAGUCUGGAGAAGACACGUCUGGCACCUCUGCAGAUGCUGUUUGAGAAAGUCAGGGCCCAGGGUUACAUACAGUCUCUGCUUCUGAAUGAUCGUGCAGGUGCAUCAGGGCCUGGGGAAACACCAAAGGACAGCGACUCCAGUGGCUAGUGACUCCACUUUGCCAUUUUGCUCCAGGGGCAGGUCUGUCUUCUGCUGACGGCCUCAGUUUUUCCAUCUGUGACAUGGGGGAUAGCUGUGCCUUUUGGGAUAUUGUGAGGUAUCAUGGUGCUUGUAUAGACUUCAGUCUGGUGCUUGGCAUUUUGGGGGUGUGAUGUCCUUGUCUGGUUGAGUCCUUGUGGGAAUGUUGGGUGCCUCAUCUAUCUGUCACCGCUGGCUGGGUGUGGAUUUUCAGGACCUGGGGCAGUGGCUACUGCCUUCCAUAGCUUUGGCUGUGGCCUAGUUGGCUGGUAGCUCUGUUGUAGAGGAUGGCCCCUUUGGGCAUAGGGUGGUGUACCAUAGUCUUGGUGUCCUACUGUGCUAUGGGCACUGGACCAAGUAUUAUUCUAGUGCAGUGUGGGAAGUCUCCUGUGCCAGCAGCAGGGAACAGAGAUGAGGGGAACCUCCCCUACUGGGGUAGAACUGGGUACCUCAUGCCUCCCUGGAAGGGAUUUGGCUCUGUGGUCUUUCUUGCUGGAUCUGGCAGGCAGUGGGCAGUAAUAUGGGCCCGGUGACUUUUGUUUGGCUUGGUAGUGGUGUUCCUGUUGGUUUCCUUGGGCCCAGGGGGAGGGGUGGGGGAGGGGAGGGAGCGAGGGCUGUAGCUCAGUUGAGCCAUGAGAUGUGAUCUUUGGGUAGACUGUCUUGGACCAUCCCAAAUUGUGAUGGACACAAUAUAGUGUUGAAUGCCCUGAGGUUCCAAGGAGACACUCUGUGGGCUGGAGCAUGGGUGGCCAAUGGCUUCCACAGCUGAGGGACAUCAGGUACAAGGACUAAAGAAAGGGUCUGAGUGCCCUUGACACACCUGGGGAGGGAUUGUGGCCCUACAUAGCCUGAUUUCAGACCUCCUUUAGCUCCUAUCUCAACCCCCCCCCCCCCCCCUUGAGUAGCUGGUCGGUCAUUGUGGCCACAGGGUUUUAUUUUAACUUCACAUAUGUUGGAAGACUCUGACUGCUGCUGUGUGCACAGUGCUCCAUGUACACGUUUCUUGAAUGUCCAGCAGCUCUAGUCCUGGGGGCCAGGAGUCUGGGGCAUGGGGUGCCUUGCUGAGGCCCAACCCUCAGUUGCUUUGGUGUGUGGUUGUCUUAGUCAGGGUUUCUAUUCCUGCACAAACAUCAUGACCAAGAAGCAAGUUGGGGAGGAAAGGGUUUAUUCAGCUUACACUUUCUACAUUGCUGUUAAUCACCAAAGGAAGUCAGGCCUGGAACUCAAGAGGUCAAAAAGCAGGAGCUGAUGCAGAAGCCAUGGAGGGAUGUUCUUUACUGGCUUGCUUCCCCUGGCUUGAUCAGCCUGCUCUUCCCCCCCCCCCCCCCCCCCCCCGCCCCACACACACACGGGGUUUCUCUGUAUAGCCCUGGCUGUCCUGGAACUCACUUUGUAGACCAGGCUGGCCUCCAACUCAGAAAUCCACCUGCCUCUGCCUCCCGAGUGCUGGGAUUAAAGGCAUGCACCACCAUGUCCGGCUUAGCCUGCUCUCUUAUAGAACCAAGACUACCAACCCAGAGAUGGCACCACCCAAAAGGGGCCCUGAGAAAAAGCCUUGCAGCUGGAUCUCAUGGAGGCACUUCCCCAACUGAAGCUCCUUUCUCUGUGAUAACUCCAGCCUGUGUCAAGUUGACACAAAACCAGCCAGUACAGUGGUACUCCACACCUCUGAUACUUGGUUAUUAUUCAGGUAGAGAUUGGAGCUAGGGUUAACCCUAACCCUAGAUUUACUAUUGUUGUUUUAAGACUGAGUUUUACUGUGUGUCUCAGAUUGGCCUGAACUCAAAGCGGUCCUCCUGCCUUAGCCUUCCCAAGUGCUAAGAUUGUGUUUGCUAACAUGUCAGGUGAGAGUAACCUUUAACUUUUGUUUCCCCUUUGAGAUAGAGUCUGGUUCUGUUUCUCAGGCUGCUACCAAGCACAACUCACUGUAUCCUAGGCUGGCCUCAAGCUUGUGGCCCCCGCUUUAGCUAGGGUUACAGCGUGCACCACCCCACCUAAUGAGAGGGAACAUUUUCAGUGGGUGACCAGUAUGUCAGUUCUGAGCACCGAGAAUUGUUUGUUUGUUUCUUUUUUAAGUUGUUGUUUUUUUAAAGAUUUAUUUACCUAUUUUAUGUAUUAUUUACCUAUUUUAUGUAUAUGAGUACACUGUAGCUGACUUCAGACACACCAGAGGAGGGCAUCAGUUCCCAUUACAGAUGGUUGUGAGCCACCUUGUGGUUGCUGGGAAUUGAACUCAGGACCUCUGGAAGAGCAGUCAGUGCGGAGCCAUCUCUUCAGCCCCGAGAAUUGUGUCUUGAUCAUCUCUGUCUUGUCAACUCCGAACUGCUUGUCACCCUGUUCUCUCUGGGGCUCAUUGCCAUUGUGUCCAGUCCCAGGCCCCAUGGCUGCCCUGUCCCUGUGUAGACUCUCAGAUAAGACCUUGCUGUGUAGUGUGUCUUGUUUCUCGUGCGGCUUUAGGGUGCUCUUCUCUGAGGUCCCCGCUUGUAUUGUCCUACAUUUCUUUUCUUUUCUUUUUCUUUUUUUUUGUUUUUAAGACAGGGUUUCUCUGUAUAGCCCUGGCUGUCCCGGAACUCACUUUGUAGACCAGGCUCAGAAAUCCACCUGCCUCUGCCUCCUGAGUGCUGGAAUCAAAGGCGUGCGCCACCAUGCCCGGCUCGUCCUUUGUUUCUUUCACUGCGUGGUUAUACUUCACUUUGUGGUGAUGUAGCCUUAGAAUGUCUUAGAGUGUCUUUGCAGUUAGGGAAACGGAGGCUAGCAUGGCCACUGUGCAUGGGGUCCAGGCUCGGGGAAGGGAGGUGGAAGAAGGAGCGUGGGCAGUUCCUUGCUCUCUCCUGUGUUUAGCUCCCUUCCCUGCUGCCUGGCCAGGAGCCUUGCUUGGGGAGUAUGUAUGUUAGGUUGGCCGUAGUUUCUGAGGCUCCAGAUCUCCUCUCUGUUGCUCUUGGCUGGCUGUGUCACCAGCCACAGGCAGUUUGCCUGCAUCCAGUCUCCUCUUUGGUUCCUAUUGACUUGACUCUCAGCCUGUAACCUCGACUUGACCACCAUCACCAUCGUUUCCCGCCACGUGGAGCUGCAUGGAGUAGCCAGCUUGCUUGGGAAUGGUGUCUGUCUGUGUGUGUGUGUUGCUGGCCCAGGAUGAUGGUGCUAUGUGAAAUGCUCUGUGUGUAGUUGCUUCUGGCUUUUGGUGAUAUCUGAUCAUUAAGUCACUUACUGAACACUAAGUUGCCUGGUAUCUCAUGAGAAGACAGAGCUGUGGGCAUGACUGCAAAAAGGGAUAUGACCGGGUGAUCAGCCUGCCCCUCACUGUGAUCCGACCCAGUGCGCUUUGAAACUGUACUUGUGGGUUAACCUUUGGGAAAGGCAUGGUUCUCCUGCAGCCUCAGCUGGAACAAAUGCAGGGCAGAAAAUGGGGGAACACCCCUGACCACAGCUUCCUGGUGGCAUUGGGAUGGUGUGGAUAUGGCUUUAUUCUGGGUUUCCGUCUCCCGGUGUCACAGUGAGAGCCAGGGAUAGGGGGACUAUCCCAGUGGUUACAUCUUGGCUGAAAAGAUGGGCUUUAAUUGCCCCGUUGUUUAAUGCCUCAGUUUCCCCUACUUGUAAAAGAUGGCUGCAGGGUGGGCGCCCCAACUUUGCCAGUGGGGUUGGGGCGACCGAAGCCUCUGGAAGCCCUUCUUGGGUUAUGGACAUCACAGAGCAGUCAGGAGGGAUGUCCAGGUCUUUUGGACUGCAAGAGCUUAGCUGUCUCCUUGGUGGUCUCCCUGUGGCUGUUGGUCUUUCCAUAACCCUCAGUGGCCACAGGCUUUUGCUCUGUGUUAAUCUGCCUUAGUCUUGAGCUGACAGGUGGCGGCGGCAGUGACUUCGUUUUUUGUCAUCGUCGUCGUCGUUGUUGUAGUAUGCAAGUUAUUGAUUUUACAAUAUUCUUUUUUUAAAUCUUUUUCUUUAUUUUCAUUUCACGUGCAUUGGUAUUUUGCCUCCAUGCGUGUCUUUAUGCCUGUGUGAGGGUGUCAGAUACUCUGGAACUGGACUUACAGUUGUGAGCCGCCGUGUGAGUGCUGGGAGUUGAACCCAGGUCCCGUGCAAGCACAGCCAGUUUUCUCAACUGCUGAGAUGAUUCUCUAUCCUUGACUGGUGGCUUCUUGCUGGUUGUGGCACUGUGGGUACCGCCACGACCCUGGUUCAAAUCCCAGGGCAGUUUUUUUCUAGGACUGCUUCCUUUGGGUCACAUAACUUCCUCCUGGGCUCACAGUGGAAAGUGGGGUGUCACUUUCUGUCGUGCUCUAGGGAUGGCUUUACCCCGGGCACCCUGCUUGGCAUGGUCGUGGUUGAGCUGUCAGACAUAACAUUGCUGGUCAUCUUCAGCCUGAUGACGGGAUUGUGGCUGUGAUUGAAGCCCCUGUUGGAGGCCUGUCUCCUUUUCCUCUCCUCCUCUUGGCCCCUCCCUGGCCUCAUCUUUCCAUCUUCCAGACCUUCCUUAUUUCCAUUCUGGCCCCACAUUUGGCUGUGUGUAUGGCCUGGGCUUCCUGCUUAGGGGGCGGGGUGCAAAGCUUGCAUCAUGUUGACCUGACUUCUGGGUACUGAAGUGGAAGCCAUUUGAGACCCUAACAGAGUGGUUCUCAACAUGUGGGUACAAACCUUUCCACAGGGGUCGCCCAAGACCGUGGGAAAACACAGAUAUUUAUGUUAUGAUGUGUAACAGCAGCAAAAUUACAGUUAUGAAGUAGCAACAAAAAUAAUUUUAUGGUUGGGGGUUCACCAUAACAUGAGGGACUGUAUUAAGAGACUGCAGCAUCAGGGAGACCACUGCCCCAACACCUCAGGGCUGUGGCCCAAAGCCCCACAGCUGCAGAGCCAGCCUGCUUUGAGAAAGAUGCACAGCCCACACCCAGAGGAGGUUGGGCUGGAUGUGAGUCACCCAGCAAGUCACAGCCAGUGCUGACGCCUGCCCAAGCAUCUGGCCAUCUCUUCUGGCCUCUGUGUGCGUUCAGCUCUGCCUUUUUGUGGGCCUGUCACCAAGAUGACCUGAGCCCUGAGCCCCAGGCCCGGUUUCCUUUAGUUAGGAUCGGAAGGUCGGGACGGACGGGAGCAUUUUCCUCUGGCCAUCUGGCCCUGCAGGACUGGAGGACGCCAGGGCUGGCUGGCUGGGAGGAAAUGGUUAAAGGAGGGGCCGUGGCUGGCCCAGGUCCCUCUGCCAGCAGCAAGGAGGGAGAGGGCUUCUCAAAAGCUAUAAAAAGGCCUCGCAGUGUUGAGCCCCAGUGGCUGGAAGCCCGCCAGGGUUACCAUGGCGAUGAGGAAUUAGUCCCGACUGCCAAGGCUGCUAGCAGCUCGGUACUUUUGGCUCUGGAACAAGAGUGGACUUAUGUAAUUCCGUGUUUAUAGGCCUGGGUGGCGGACGCAGAGCUGGGCCUGAGUCUUGGUGGUGGCCCACAGUGGGUCACACCACCCCGCAGGGUAUCCCUGACACGCCUCUGGUGCCCUGAUUUUGGGGGACAUUAGGACAGAAGCCUGCGGCCUAGCAGGCUGCUGGUCCCCACCAGGGCCUCCCCAGUCGGGGUGGGAGCCCAAGUCUCGCGGGAAGGGGUGCGGCUGCUGUGUGGGGCCGCCCCUUGCCCGCUUGGUCUGGAGGGAGGAUGGCCCUGUCGCUGGCCAAGGGCUGGCCCCUAGACGCCUGUGGGUCGGGCCUCGGAUACAGGGCAUGCUGACCAGGGCUGGCUCACUGCCGGCCCUCGCUUGCCGCGUGGGGCAGUUCCUGCAAGUUGUGUGGAGCCCACUCAGGCUGUUGCUGGCCAUGCACUGGCACCUGUGACGAGGUCACCUGCCAGCAGAUGACCGAGACCAGCCCUUAGUCCUAGGUGUGGUCAAGAGUGUCUUGGGCUCCAAAGCCUACCUGGACCCUACCACCAUGUCAGGAUCCACACAGCCUGUGGCACAGACAUGGCGGGCUGCUGAGCCCCGCUACCCACCCCAUGGCAUCUCCUACCCGGUGCAGAUAGCCCGGUCCCACACGGACGUGGGGCUGCUUGAGUACCAACACCACCCCCGUGACUACACCUCACACCUGUCACCCGGUUCCAUCAUCCAGCCACAGAGGAGGCGGCCCUCACUGCUGUCAGAGUUCCAGCCUGGGAGUGAACGGUCUCAGGAGCUCCACCUGCGCCCUGAGUCCCGCACGUUCCUGCCUGAGCUGGGCAAGCCCGACAUAGAAUUCACCGAGAGCAAGCGCCCCCGCCUGGAGCUACUACCCGAUACCCUGCUGCGCCCAUCACCCCUGCUGGCCACUGGGCAGCCGAGUGGGUCUGAAGACCUUACCAAGGACCGUAGCCUGGCAGGCAAGCUGGAGCCUGUGUCACCUCCCAGUCCCCCGCACGCUGACCCUGAGCUAGAGCUGGCGCCAUCUCGACUGUCCAAGGAGGAGCUGAUCCAGAACAUGGACCGCGUGGACCGUGAGAUCACCAUGGUAGAGCAGCAGAUCUCCAAGCUGAAGAAGAAGCAGCAACAGUUGGAGGAGGAGGCCGCCAAGCCGCCCGAACCCGAGAAGCCUGUGUCGCCACCACCCAUAGAAUCAAAGCACCGAAGCCUGGUCCAGAUCAUCUACGAUGAGAACCGGAAGAAAGCCGAAGCCGCACACCGGAUCCUAGAAGGCCUGGGGCCCCAGGUGGAGCUGCCUCUGUACAACCAGCCGUCUGACACACGCCAGUACCAUGAAAACAUCAAAAUAAACCAGGCGAUGCGGAAGAAGCUGAUCUUGUACUUUAAGCGGAGGAACCACGCGCGCAAGCAGUGGGAACAGCGCUUCUGCCAGCGCUAUGACCAGCUCAUGGAGGCGUGGGAGAAGAAGGUAGAGCGCAUAGAGAACAAUCCGCGAAGGAGGGCCAAGGAGAGCAAGGUGAGGGAGUACUACGAGAAACAGUUCCCGGAGAUCCGCAAGCAGCGGGAGCUGCAGGAGCGCAUGCAGAGCAGGGUGGGCCAGCGUGGCAGUGGGCUCUCCAUGUCGGCUGCCCGCAGUGAGCAUGAGGUUUCUGAGAUCAUUGAUGGCUUGUCUGAGCAGGAGAAUCUGGAGAAGCAGAUGCGCCAGCUGGCCGUGAUCCCGCCCAUGUUGUACGACGCGGACCAGCAGAGGAUCAAGUUCAUCAACAUGAAUGGACUCAUGGAUGACCCCAUGAAGGUCUACAAGGACCGUCAGGUUACCAACAUGUGGAGCGAGCAGGAGAGGGACACCUUCCGUGAGAAGUUUAUGCAGCACCCUAAGAACUUUGGCCUGAUUGCCUCAUUCCUGGAGAGAAAGACGGUCGCUGAGUGUGUCCUCUAUUACUACCUGACCAAGAAGAAUGAAAAUUACAAGAGCUUGGUGAGGCGGAGCUAUCGGCGCCGUGGCAAGAGCCAGCAGCAGCAGCAGCAGCAACAACAGCAGCAGCAGCAGCAGAUGGCACGGAGCAGCCAGGAGGAGAAGGAGGAGAAGGAGAAGGAGAAGGAGGCCGACAAGGAGGAAGAGAAGCAGGAUGCGGAGAACGAGAAGGAAGAACUCAGCAAGGAGAAGACAGACGACACUUCUGGCGAGGACAACGAUGAGAAAGAGGCCGUGGCCUCCAAAGGCCGCAAAACUGCCAACAGCCAAGGCCGCCGCAAAGGCCGUAUCACGCGCUCCAUGGCCAACGAGGCCAACCAUGAGGAGACAGCCACCCCACAGCAAAGUUCAGAGCUGGCUUCCAUGGAGAUGAACGAGAGUUCUCGCUGGACUGAGGAAGAGAUGGAGACAGCAAAGAAAGGCCUCCUGGAACAUGGGAGGAACUGGUCAGCCAUUGCCCGUAUGGUGGGCUCCAAGACCGUGUCCCAGUGUAAGAACUUCUACUUCAACUACAAGAAGAGGCAGAACCUGGACGAAAUCCUUCAGCAGCACAAGCUAAAGAUGCCGGGACCAGGCCUCAGACAUAGGGCGUCCCCAGCCGUGACCGCUACUGUCCUGUCCCAGGAGAAGGAGAGGAACGCUCGGAGGAAGAAGAAGAAGACCCCAGCUGCGGCGAGCGAGGAGACAGCCUUCCCACCUGCCGCUGAGGACGAAGAGAUGGAAGCAUCAGGCGCAAGUGCCAAUGAGGAAGAGCUGGCGGAGGAGGCAGAAGCCUCACAGGCCUCUGGGAAUGAGGUUCCCAGAGUUGGGGAGUGCAGUGGCCCAGCUGCUGUCAACAACAGCUCUGAUACUGAGAGUGUCCCAUCCCCGCGUUCAGAAGCCACGAAGGACACUGGGCCUAAACCCACUGGCACUGAAGCAUUGCCCGCUGCCACCCAGCCACCUGUUCCUCCUCCAGAAGAACCGGCAGUAGCCCCUGCUGAGCCCUCCCCAGUCCCUGAUGCCAGUGGCCCACCAUCCCCAGAGCCUUCCCCAUCACCUGCCGCACCCCCGGCUACUGUGGACAAGGAUGAACAAGAAGCCCCGGCUGCUCCAGCUCCCCAGACAGAGGAUGCCAAGGAGCAGAAGUCUGAGGCCGAGGAGAUCGAUGUGGGAAAGCCAGAGGAGCCCGAGGCCUCUGAGGAGCCCCCGGAGAGUGUAAAGAGUGACCACAAGGAGGAGACCGAGGAAGAGCCUGAAGACAAAGCCAAGGGCACAGAGGCCAUUGAAACUGUGUCUGAGGCACCACUUAAGGUGGAGGAGGCUGGUAGCAAGGCAGCUGUGACCAAGGGUUCCAGCUCAGGUGCCACCCAGGACAGUGACUCCAGUGCCACCUGCAGUGCCGAUGAGGUGGACGAACCCGAAGGAGGUGACAAGGGCAGGCUGCUGUCACCAAGGCCCAGCCUCCUCACCCCGGCUGGAGAUCCCCGGGCCAGUACCUCGCCCCAGAAGCCGCUGGACCUGAAGCAGCUGAAGCAGCGAGCAGCCGCCAUCCCCCCUAUCCAGGUCACCAAGGUCCAUGAGCCCCCCCGGGAGGACACAGUACCCCCAAAGCCAGUUCCCCCUGUGCCUCCACCCACGCAGCACCUACAGCCAGAGGGUGACGUGUCUCAGCAGUCGGGAGGAAGUCCACGUGGCAAGUCCCGCAGCCCAGUGCCUCCUGCCGAGAAAGAGGCAGAGAAACCCGCAUUCUUUCCGGCUUUCCCAACUGAGGGCCCAAAGCUACCGACUGAGCCCCCACGCUGGUCAUCGGGCCUGCCCUUCCCCAUCCCUCCACGGGAGGUGAUCAAGACUUCCCCACACGCCGCUGACCCCUCUGCCUUCUCCUACACACCCCCCGGUCACCCGCUGCCUCUGGGCCUCCACGAUAGUGCCCGGCCCGUCCUGCCACGUCCCCCCAUCUCUAACCCCCCACCCCUCAUCUCCUCUGCCAAGCAUCCCGGCGUACUUGAGAGGCAGCUGGGUGCCAUCUCCCAGCAGGGGAUGUCAGUCCAGCUUCGUGUGCCUCACUCAGAGCAUGCCAAGGCCCCCAUGGGCCCUCUCACCAUGGGGCUGCCCCUUGCCGUGGACCCUAAGAAGCUGGCCCCCUUCAGUGGAGUGAAGCAGGAACAGUUGUCCCCUCGGGGUCAGGCUGGGCCACCUGAAAGUCUGGGAGUGCCCACUGCUCAGGAGACCUCUGUGCUGAGAGGGACAGCACUGGGUUCCGCCACCAGUGGAAGCAUCACCAAGGGCCUCCCCAGUACCCGGGCUGCAGACGGCCCCAGCUACAGAGGCUCUAUCACCCACGGCACGCCCGCAGACGUCCUCUACAAGGGUACCAUCAGCAGGAUCGUCGGUGAGGACAGCCCAAGUCGCCUUGACCGGGCACGAGAGGACACCCUGCCCAAGGGCCAUGUCAUCUAUGAGGGCAAGAAAGGCCACGUCCUAUCCUAUGAAGGUGGUAUGUCCGUGUCACAGUGCUCUAAGGAGGAUGGAAGGAGCAGCUCGGGCCCACCCCAUGAGACUGCCGCCCCUAAACGCACCUAUGACAUGAUGGAGGGCCGUGUAGGCAGGACUGUCACCUCAGCCAGCAUAGAGGGACUCAUGGGCCGCGCCAUCCCUGAGCAGCACAGCCCCCACCUCAAGGAGCAGCAUCACAUCCGAGGCUCCAUCACGCAAGGCAUCCCGAGGUCCUAUGUGGAGGCGCAGGAGGACUACUUACGGCGGGAGGCCAAGCUCUUGAAGCGAGAAGGGACACCACCACCCCCACCACCACCUCGGGACCUGACUGAGACCUACAAGCCCCGGCCCCUGGACCCUCUGGGUCCCCUGAAGCUGAAGCCGACUCACGAGGGUGUGGUAGCAACUGUGAAGGAGGCGGGCCGCUCUAUCCAUGAGAUCCCGAGAGAGGAGCUGCGCCGCACACCUGAGCUACCCCUGGCACCACGGCCUCUGAAGGAGGGUUCCAUCACCCAGGGCACCCCACUCAAGUACGACUCUGGGGCACCCUCCACUGGCACCAAGAAACACGACGUGCGCUCCAUCAUCGGCAGCCCCGGCCGGCCUUUCCCUGCCCUGCACCCGCUGGACAUAAUGGCUGACGCCCGGGCACUGGAGCGUGCCUGCUAUGAAGAGAGUCUGAAGAGCCGGUCAGGGACCAGCAGUGGUGCAGGGGGCUCCAUCACACGUGGGGCUCCAGUCGUCGUGCCUGAACUGGGCAAGCCACGGCAAAGCCCACUGACUUACGAAGACCACGGGGCACCCUUCACCAGUCACCUGCCACGUGGCUCCCCUGUGACCACGAGGGAGCCCACGCCACGCCUUCAGGAAGGCAGCCUCCUAUCCAGCAAGGCGUCCCAGGACCGGAAGCUGACAUCUACACCCCGGGAGAUCGCCAAGUCCCCACACAGCACUGUGCCCGAGCACCACCCUCACCCCAUCUCCCCCUAUGAGCACUUGCUCCGGGGCGUGACUGGUGUGGACCUGUACCGUGGUCACAUCCCAUUGGCCUUUGACCCCACCUCCAUACCCCGAGGGAUCCCUCUGGAAGCAGCAGCCGCAGCCUACUACCUGCCCCGGCACUUGGCCCCCAGCCCCACCUACCCACACCUGUACCCACCUUACCUCAUCCGCGGCUACCCUGACACGGCGGCCCUGGAGAACCGCCAGACCAUCAUCAAUGACUACAUCACCUCGCAGCAGAUGCACCACAACGCUGCCUCCGCCAUGGCCCAGCGUGCUGACAUGCUGAGGGGUCUGUCACCGCGAGAGUCCUCGCUGGCCCUCAAUUAUGCCGCUGGCCCAAGAGGCAUUAUCGACCUGUCCCAAGUGCCACACCUGCCCGUGCUGGUGCCACCAACGCCAGGCACCCCUGCCACCGCCAUCGACCGCCUUGCCUACCUCCCCACUGCGCCCCCACCCUUCAGCAGCCGCCACAGUAGCUCACCGCUGUCCCCAGGAGGCCCCACUCACCUAGCUAAACCAACUGCCACAUCUUCAUCGGAGCGGGAACGGGAACGUGAGCGGGAACGAGACAAGUCCAUCCUCACGUCUACCACUACAGUGGAGCAUGCACCCAUCUGGAGACCUGGUACGGAGCAGAGCAGCGGGGCUGGGGGCAGCAGCCGCCCCGCCUCCCACACCCACCAGCACUCGCCCAUCUCCCCCCGGACCCAGGACGCCUUGCAGCAGAGGCCCAGUGUGCUGCACAACACGAGCAUGAAGGGCGUGGUCACCUCCGUGGAACCCGGCACGCCCACGGUCCUGAGGUGGGCCAGGUCCACCUCCACCUCUUCGCCUGUCCGCCCAGCUGCCACAUUCCCACCUGCCACCCACUGCCCACUUGGUGGCACCCUUGAAGGGGUCUACCCUACCCUCAUGGAGCCCGUCCUGUUACCCAAGGAGACCUCUCGGGUCGCCCGGCCCGAGCGGCCCCGUGUGGACGCUGGCCAUGCCUUCCUCACCAAACCCCCGGCCCGGGAGCCCGCCUCCUCACCCAGCAAGAGCUCCGAGCCCCGAUCCCUAGCACCCCCCAGCUCCAGCCACACAGCCAUCGCCCGCACCCCAGCAAAGAACCUUGCACCCCACCAUGCCAGUCCGGACCCGCCGGCGCCCACCUCGGCCUCAGAUCUGCACCGAGAAAAGACUCAAAGUAAACCCUUUUCCAUCCAGGAAUUGGAACUCCGUUCUCUGGGUAAGACCACCCUGACAGCGGCCACGUUCAUAGACGCAAUAAUCACGCGUCAAAUUGCUCACGAAAGGGGGCCGCGAGAAGGAGGUUCGCUGGCCAACGACUCCCCUGGCGACGGUUACCACAGUGGAGCUGGCUACAGCCCCGAUGGGGUGGAGCCCAUCAGCCCGGUGAGCUCCCCCAGCCUGACCCACGACAAGGGGCUCUCCAAACCUCUGGAAGAGCUAGAGAAGAGCCACUUGGAAGGGGAGCUGCGGCACAAGCAGCCAGGCCCCAUGAAGCUCAGCGCGGAGGCUGCCCAUCUCCCACAUCUGCGGCCACUGCCCGAGAGCCAGCCCUCAUCUAGCCCACUCCUCCAGACUGCCCCAGGCAUCAAAGGUCACCAGAGGGUGGUCACCUUGGCUCAGCACAUCAGUGAGGUCAUUACGCAGGACUACACGCGCCACCACCCGCAGCAGCUCAGUGGCCCCCUUCCCGCCCCUCUCUACUCCUUUCCCGGAGCCAGCUGCCCUGUCCUGGAUCUUCGCCGCCCACCCAGUGACCUCUACCUCCCACCCCCCGACCAUGGCACCCCAGCCCGGGGAUCCCCCCACAGUGAAGGGGGCAAAAGGUCCCCAGAACCCAGCAAAACAUCGGUCCUGGGCAGCAGCGAGGAUGCCAUUGAGCCUGUGUCCCCACCAGAGGGCAUGACUGAGCCAGGACAUGCUCGGAGCACUGCGUACCCACUGCUGUAUCGAGACGGGGAACAGGGCGAGCCCAGGAUGGGCUCUAAGUCUCCAGGCAACACCAGCCAGCCGCCAGCCUUCUUCAGUAAGCUGACUGAGAGCAACUCCGCCAUGGUGAAGUCGAAGAAGCAGGAGAUCAACAAGAAACUCAACACCCACAACCGGAACGAGCCAGAAUACAAUAUUGGCCAGCCUGGGACGGAAAUCUUCAACAUGCCCGCCAUCACUGGAGCAGGCCUUAUGACCUGUAGAAGCCAGGCGGUGCAAGAACACGCCAGCACCAACAUGGGGCUAGAGGCCAUUAUUAGAAAGGCACUCAUGGGUAAAUAUGAUCAGUGGGAAGAGCCCCCGCCGCUCGGCGCCAAUGCUUUUAACCCUCUGAAUGCCAGCGCCAGUCUGCCCGCUGCUGCUAUGCCCAUAACCACUGCUGACGGACGGAGUGACCACGCACUCACCUCGCCAGGUGGAGGUGGGAAAGCCAAGGUCUCUGGCAGACCUAGCAGCCGAAAAGCCAAGUCGCCAGCACCAGGCCUAGCGUCCGGAGACCGACCCCCUUCUGUCUCCUCAGUACACUCAGAGGGGGACUGCAAUCGCCGAACACCACUCACCAACCGUGUGUGGGAGGACCGGCCCUCAUCUGCAGGGUCCACGCCAUUCCCCUACAACCCUUUGAUUAUGAGGCUACAGGCAGGUGUCAUGGCCUCCCCGCCCCCACCUGGCCUUGCGGCAGGCAGCGGGCCCCUAGCUGGUCCCCACCACGCCUGGGAUGAGGAGCCCAAGCCACUGCUGUGUUCACAGUAUGAGACACUCUCGGACAGCGAGUGACCACGGAUUGGGGGGGAGCGGUGCCAGGUCCCCGCACAAGGCAGAAGCAGCCCAGCAUGGAGCAGACAGCUGCUGACUCCCGAGACUGAGGAAGGAGCCCCUGAGUCUGCCUGCGCGUCCAUCCGUCCGUCCGUCCACUCAUCUGUCCAUCCAGAGCUGGCAUCCUGCCUGUCUAAAGCCUUAACUAAGACUCCCACCCCGGGCUGGCCCUGCGCAGUGACCUUACACUCAGGGGAUGUUUACCUGGUGCUCGAGAGGGGAGUGGACAGGAGGGGAGGGACAGCGGGCCAGGAGGGGGGGGGACAGCAAUCGUGUGUCAGUCGCACUCGUGCAUCUGGGGCAGCGGGGACCCACCACAGGCUGACCAGGCACCUCCAUGCCACCGCCUCGCCCCUUACCGCAUUUGGAACCAAAGUCUAAGCUGAACUCUCGCGUGGUCCUGCCCCUCCCUCUGCCCCCAGCCCGCUUGCGCUCUGGACAGACAGACGUUCCCAGCUUAUCCUGCCCUAAUGCUGUCAUCAUCGCAGUCUCCAAAGGCCACCCAGCCCACAAGACUGGGAGCCCAUCAGACCAGGUGGGUGCACAAGGGGCCAGGCCUGGCCUGGGGCACGGAUGCUUGCAGGAACUGGACCGUUUCCCGGCCUGUUGCUGUGGCAACGGGAGGGAAGGCACGUGUAAAUGGUGUUGGCUUACAGGGUAUAUUUUUGAUACCUUCAAUGAGUUAAUUCAGACGUCUCACACAAGGAAGGACUCGCCCGUGUUUCUGCCGCUGUGCUUUGGUCUCUACCUACUGUUUCAGAGGCACGUGCCAGCCAAGGCGGUGGCCCCACCAUACGCAGGACUUGGGGGUCAGGGGCUCCGGCACACGGCACUGUGCCCUUCCCCCCCACCCCCUUCCUUGGGCAAAAUGGACUUGAUGCGUAUUCUGUGGCCGCUCUCUGUGCACGGCGGCAUUCUGUCAUUUACACAUGUUGUUCCAAUUAGAAAGCAAAUAUACUCAAGUGACAACGUUU